UGUCCCGCCAGUGGUUAUUUUAAUAAAAUUUAGCGAAGAGAUUUCAAUUCGAAGUUACAUGGAAGAUUAUGAUAUUUUUGAAGUAAAAGCAAAUGAAUUUCAACAAAUAUUUAACCAAAUGAGUCUUUACAGUCCAAUAAAUCAUAAAUAUAGAGAAUUAACACCUGGCAUAUUAAAUUAUAGUAAAAUCAUUCCUAAUGAGUCGAUUGAAGUUCAUCCUAAAAUGAAAGUCUAUUGGCCAUUAAUUUACAAAAAUGUUAAAGCUGACACUACUCUUUGGACUGGACAAGAAUGUUAUAAUCUAUGCAUGCAUGCGCUUAAUCCUUUAACUCAAAAGCCAUUAAUUUCAUUUUAUUUGUUUUUCUAUCAUUUGGAUGAUUUAUCCAAAAAUAUGUUGGAUCAUUUAAUUUUGAAUAAAUUAGCAGGAGAAAUUAUGAUGAGUAGAAAUCUAGAAUAUCUCGAGGAAAAUAUUGUUGAAUUAAGUUCUAUUCAGAUACCUAAUCAUGGUCAACUUCCUCCGCAUUUGCAUGAAGAUCUUACUAGACAAGUAAUAUAUUUUUUUAGUUUUAAAGCCAUUUUUUUAAAUAAAAAUGAACUAGUUUUUGUUCUAAUAGUAGAGUUCAAACUCUUCAAAUUGACGGGCAGUUAUUUUUAUUAA